AUGGCCACUCCAGAAGACACAGACCCGAUACCUUCAAACCGUCGCAAGGGUGACGACAAUAGAUCAGAAGGUCUUGAAGCACGGCUGAAGCGUAUAGAAGAGCAUCUGGAGCUUGUUCUUAAUGCUGCCAAAGAUGCUCAAUCAGCUAAACCUCCAACAUGGUCACCACAGAGCCACUCCAGCAUUGGUAAUUCAUCAGAACCCAUCACCAACAAGGGUGGAAUCGAUGAAGACCUGGCCAAAGUAGGCGUUUAUUCUUGGAAGUUUGAUCCUGUUCGUCCAGUCGUCUACGAAGGCCCUCAGCCAAACUCACUCGACCUCCCUCCCCUCGAGGAAGUUCUCCCUAUAGCGAAUCACUACUUUGCCACUUUCAAUACUGUCAUCCCGCUCUUUCAACAACCAGAGUUUAUGAAACUUCUCAGAUCAUGGUACAACCAACCGAAUACGCGCGACAGAGCCAGGUGGGCAGUCAUACAAUGCGUCAUGGCAAUCGGGUACCGUACGCCUCAACUUUCUCUCACUAAUAGCCAAGCGUUGCAUGUUGAAAAGGCGGACCAGUGUUUACGGAAUGUCCAAAGUGUUGUUUCCGAGCUUGUCACGCGCGAGAACGAUUUGCUCGGUCUACAGGCCCUGCUGGGUAUCGUCAUGCUGUUUCAGAACAGUCGUGAUCCGAAACCUGCGGGUGUCAUUAUUGGAACAGCAUUACGGUUGGCGCAUAGAUUGCGAUUGCAUUCGCAAGAGGCGGCGAUGAAAUUUCCUGCUGCCGAAGCCGAACAUCGAUCACGAGUGUUUUGGAUUGCGUAUGUUUUGGACAAGGAUAUUGGUCUAAGAGGAAACACACCUUCGUGCCAGAAUGAUGAAGAUAUCGACAUUCCUUUACCCACCAUAGCGCCAGUAGACAGCGCAGGAUUGAUAUGGACGCAAAAUGGCCAAGUUCAUUUUAACUACCACCGAAGACGUGUUGAACUUGCUUACAUUGAGGGCAAAGUUUACGACCUCCUCCACUCCAACCGGGCCAGUCGGAUUACACCACAAGAGCGUCAAAGAAGAGUAGCGCGCCUUCAGUCCAUGCUUGAUCAAUGGUAUGAGCGUAUCCCCCAAGCCUUCCACAUCGAGCAUGUAGCUGCGACGGUGGGACCAAGCCAGCUUGUGCAGAUGACCAAAAUGCACCAUGCGUUUCUAUUGACCGAGGUUAUGAUCCAUGGCAUAUACAGUUAUAACAAAGAUUGGCAGAAGAGAAUAAGCUCUUUUGGACGAGAUAAAAUAUCGGGGGCAGAUCAAAACGGUAUAAACAACGAGCAGGCGCCUCUGCCAGAGGGAUGGAACCAGUGCGUUGAUGUGAGCAGGGGAUGUAUGAAGCUAUUCCAGGAAGCAACACCGACAGAGUGUCUAGUCUGGCAAUGCAGUUACUCCCACUUCUCGGCUUUGAUAGUCCUCCUCGCCAACAUGAUUCUCAACCCAGGCCAUGCAUCAAUCCACACCGAUCAGCAUAUCUCAAUAAAAGCACUCGACCUAUUCGACAAACUCCUGAAGAUCGUAGACGAUGAAGCCUUUAGGGCACUGCGUUCUGUCGUCGGAGAUCUAAGCCAAAGAGCUCAAGAAGCCGUGGCUGCGCAUCGGCAGCAUCUCAAGAGUCUGGGCCAGGACAUCUACGAACCGAUUGAUGUUGAAGAAACGGUCGUGCAGGAGCUAGAUUUUCUACCAACCGAUAAUACGUUUGAGAAUAUGGAUGGGCCGUUUGCUGGGCUGGAGUCGGGUUCAGAGUUUGAUGUUCUUGGGUUUGGGCAAGAUGGUAGUGGAAUGGGAUUUGUUGAUGGGGACACAAAUACUUGGUUUUUACCUGGGUGA